CGCGCGUCUUUCUCCUUCUCUGUAUCCCCUAUCUGAUUGAGAAUCCUGUAAUUUCACCCUGCGGGCUUCUUAGCAACAACCAGUGUGGCGCGGCAGUAGCAUGGCGUCCUUCAUUCUUGGGCAUUUAUUAUAACGAAGACUGCAACAAAGAGCGAGCGGCAAGCAUCUUAAAUUAUUCAUAAGAGUCUAUAGCUAUUUUUGGUCAAAUUUUAGCCGCUCGCUGGUGUCUUUAGUAGCUUGUUUUUAAUAUGUAACGUAAUAAUUCUAUUGUCCCUCCAAUUCAUGUAAUUUUAUUGCACGUUUGUGAUAUUUUUAUGUAACGAGAAAUGAAACGAAGCAUGCCGGGUCAUUCUCAUCGCGAUCAGAAGAGUAGAUCAGCACAUAGUGAAGAUGGUGAGCAGAGUCAAAAAAGAGCAGAAGAAGAACGCUUGCGACGUAGACGGGAAUGGAUGAUACAGCAAGAACGGGAACGGGAACAUGAAAGGCUGAAAAUGAAGAAGAUUUGGGAAUUUGAGUUGGAAUAUGCUCGUAAGAGAGGCCUACCAUUGCCUAAGAAGCCUCCACAUUGUAGUCGUAGCAUGAGUAGAAGCAAAUCUCCACAAAAUCCACAUAGAAGAAAAUCUAUAUCAAGUGCACCUAAGACGUCCAUACUAUCUGAGAAAUUAGAUGGUACAACACCUGUAUUUAGAGGACCAGAGGGUACACAAAUUAGUAUUGCAGCAUUAAAAAGAAUCAAAGUAGAUAUUCACAGAAAUAUUCCUGCAGAAAAUACGAGUGGCGAACUGCGAAGAGAUAUUGUCAAUCCCGAAGAUGUGCUGCUCAUGAGAAGACCGGGAGAAGGAGCCAAACCGAUAUUUGAAAGGGAAGAAAUAAAGAGUGUAGUUAAGACGGAAGUUGAAGUUGAAGAACGCCGUACAAUUAUAGCUGUAAACAAUGAAAACUUAGGACAUAAAUCGGAAGCAUCUAAAAAAUAUACUGUCACUUCAAGAAGCCGAAGUCACAGUCCACGGCGUACAUCGUCUCGCCAUUCCAGGCACGAGGACUCAAAACAUGAUGAAAAACACUUUCACAGAAGCGAUAGGGAAAGACGACGCAGUAGAGACAGAAGUCGAGAGCAUAAAGAGAAAGAUAGGCGACGUAGUCGAUCGUCUGAUUCAGAGGACUUGUACCUACGAGAAAGUCGUCGAAAAAGUCAUCAAGAUCACUCGCGUUCAAGGGUGAGAGAAGAAAAGAGAUGGAACAGAGAUUCUCACCAUAGAUUAUUGAAAGACGAAAGGCCUUAUCGCGAGUAUCGUGAAAGGUCGAGAGAACGAUCUCGAGAUAGAAAUGAACGGGACAGACCUAGGGAAUGUGGAGUACCUCCACCGCAUUAUAUUGAGCAGAUUCCUGUUCCUGUUUAUUACGGAAAUCUACCACCAAGGCCAAUAAUGUUUGGACCCUUGGUUCCAAUGCGACCACAGGUUCCUUUAGGCAAUAGACAUCCUCCUAUGAUAGGUUCAAUGAGACCAUAUCCACCACGAUUCGUCCCUCCAGAUAUGUAUAGAGUACGGCUGCCUCCAAAUCAUAGGUACGGACCGAUGUAUUGAGCAAAUAUUUGUGAUAAAGUCGUUUUGAUAUACAUACUAUACAUGAAUGUAUAGCACUUGAUUAAUACCCCAAAUAUUAGGCGACAUACUAUAGGGAUUUUAUAAAGAAUAUGUAUCAUGAUUGAUAUAUGCAUACAUUAUGUUCAAUGUUAAAUUUUAUUGCUGUACAUAUUGUAUAUGUGUUAUAUAGGUUUUUAACUACUAUUUUAUAAGCAUUAUUUACAAACAUAUGAGCAUGUAUAAGGCGAUUGCUUUUUAAGUGAAAUUAUUGUGACGAUAAAGCGAAUGAACUUGCUGCUUUUUAUAGUUUUAAUCAAUUUUUAAAUUUAAACUGGAAAGUCAACUUAAAGUCAUUUUCUGCUUUGGAAAACAGAUUACAUAAUGUAAGAAUGUAUGUGCCUCACAAUAUGAACUGAUAAAAAUGAAUGUAUGUGCCUCACAAUAUGUAUUGAUGAAACUGACUGUAUGUAUGUGCCUCACAAUACGUAUUGAUGAAAAUGAAUGUAUGUGCCAUUGACAAAUUUUAAUAAAUUUUAUCUUUGAUGAUAUUGCAA